UCAGCUUCAUCUUAACCGCAACAAUGCCAAGAAGUCCGUCCAAGACUAGCCCGAGGAAGGGUAGCCCUCGCAGAGGUAGCCCUAGUCGCAAGGCUAGCCCCAAGCGUGGUGGCAAGGGAGCAAAGCGAGCUGGAAAGGGAGGUCGUCGUAGGAAUGUCGUCAGGCGUCGCCGCCGUCGCCGAGAGAGCUACGGCAUCUACAUCUACAAAGUGCUGAAGCAGGUUCACCCCGACACUGGCAUCUCCAGCCGUGGAAUGUCUGUGAUGAACAGCUUCGUCAAUGAUAUCUUCGGGAGGAUCGCCGGAGAGGCUUCCCGUCUGACUCGCGCCAACCGACGCAGCACGAUCAGCAGCCGCGAGAUCCAGACUGCUGUUCGCCUUCUCCUCCCAGGAGAACUGGCCAAGCACGCCGUGUCUGAGGGUACCAAGGCCGUGACCAAGUACACCACCUCCCGUUAAAUCCUCGGUGCAGCCAUGCUGUAACAAAACC